GAGUAGUUUAAGAAAGUUAGAAGAAUUCUCCCCACAAGAACCACCAAAAAAUGUCUGCUCGAUCCCGCUACUUUCCACCGAUCUCACACUGCAACGUGUCUGGCCGAGACAGCCAAACGAUCGCCGCCGAUCUCGACGGCACUCUCCUCAUCUCCCGAAGUUCCUUUCCUUACUUCAUGCUGAUAGCCAUCGAAGCCGGCAGCUUUUUACGCGGCCUGGCUCUCCUUCUCGCCUCUCCUGUCAUCCUCGUUGCCUACAAAUUCGUUUCUGAGUCUCUUGGCAUUCAGCUCCUCAUCUUCAUAUCGUUUGCGGGUUUGAAGAUCCGAGAGAUUGAGCUUGCAUCCCGAGCGGUGCUGCCAAGAUUCUACGCCGCGGAUGUGAGAUCAGAGAGCUGGAACCUGUUUAGCAACUGCCGGAACAAGAUUGUAGUGACGGCCAACCCGACGGUGAUGGUGGAGCCGUUCGUCAAAGAUUUCCUCGGCGGGGACAAGGUGUUGGGAACGGAGAUCGAGGUCAACCCGAGAACGGGGAGAUCUACUGGUUUUGUGAAGAACCCAGGGGUAUUAGUAGGGCCUUUGAAAAGAUCGGCCAUCCUCAAGGAAUUUGAUGACAAUUUGCCCGAUUUAGGGAUCGGAGAUCGCGAGUCUGACCACGAUUUCAUGGAACUUUGCACGGAGGGAUAUAUGGUGCCACCUGAUCCAUCAGCCACCCAAGUCCCGCAAGAGUGUUUGAGGAGCCCCAUCAUCAUCCACUCUGGCUGCCUUUUACUACGCCCUACCCCACGCAAUGCCCUCCUCACCUUCCUCUGGCUCCCAUUCGGCUUCAUCCUCCACCUCAUACAGGUCUACUUCAAUCUCCCACCAUCCAACGGCAUCAUACGUUACACCUCGGGGUGAGCAAAUGUGUUGAUUCUACCUGAAAUCAAUUAAAACCGAAUUCAAACCAGCUUGGUUAAUCGAUUCUUAGGUAAGGUUUGGUUUAAAAUUCUUAGAAUUUAUCCCCACUACCUAAGUCAAUUUCAAGGAUUCAAUGUUUAUCGUAUCUGAAUCAACCCAAAGAACAUACUUUGAUCGGCCUUAGUGGAAUUGGCCUAGUUUUAAUUUAAACUUAGUGUAUGGAUUUAAAUGAUGAAUUAUGUAUUAAUUAUAUUGUAUUGUUUGGGUUAUUUGUAGACGGUAUUCUAUUUGCAUUGAGAGUGCAUUUAACUAAUCUAUGGAUUGUGUGUGAA